ACUUCGCAUCCAGCUCUGAGUCCGCGUCUGAUGUGCAUGCUCUCUCUCUCUCUCUCUCUCUCUCUCUCUCUCUCUCUCUCUCUCUCUCUCUCUCUCUUACAAUUGCAUCGCAGAGGUCUGGACUGACGAGACAUCUUACCUCGCGAGCGUUUAUGGUAAGGCAACAUUUUAUUGUUUUUUCGUCUCUAACGCGCAGUAAAGCGUAAUAACCGUAAUAAAAAAAAAAACAGACGCUCAUACGGAAAAGUGAGGAUGAUAUUAUGAAGCAUGGAUCCGUUUUCGGGUUAAAGUAAACCUUGAGUUGAGGCUGUGAAACAGUCGACCCAGCUAAGUUUGAUGCUUUCUGAACAUCUCUAGAAGAAUUGACAUUAUAGUUUGCUUCUUUACUUGCAAAAUACAGUUUUCUUUCAAUUGAUGCUCUUUUAUCACUUUUAGACUUCUGCAAAAAACAUCCUACACAUUAUUUCCAAAGUUGUACAUCUCUUAUGCAUUUAUUUAGUGAUUUACUUCUUAUUUUUUCUUCUGCAAACUUUGUAUUACCCUGUUCACUCAGUGUUUGAGAUUAACAGCCUCAGCUCUGAUGAAAUUCAUACGAAGCGUUGACCUUUUUGUUCAUCCUCCCUUCCACUCGUCUUAGUUAUGUUUGUGCGCCUGAGGAGUCAUGUUCAUCUUCUCUCCCAUCAUCAUCAUCAACAUCAUCAUCAUCAUCAUCAUCAUCACAGGGGCCGUUGAGUAGCCGGAGGUCAGAUGCAGCUGCUCUUCGCUGCUGCACUCUGCUCUCCGCCUUUGGCUCACUGUGUGUCUGCGUGCAUGUGUGUGUUGUGCUGCAGAAAAGAGAGAGAUGGGUUGUAAGACAGAUAGAGUAAUAAUGAGCUCCUCCUCCUUGAUGCUACAUUUUGUAUGUUUCGCAGGAUUGAUCUUGAGGUUUUACGGUAAACGGCUUCACUCAGAGGAUCCUCAGUGAACAGGCUCAGGUGUCUUAAUAGAAAAAUCUCUGCCUCUGUCACACCCCUCCAUCACUUGCAUCCCCAAAUCCCUCAGUCCCAACCUCAUCACGACUCCUAACCUCAUUUGUUGCUUCAUUUUCCACAGAGGAAACUUCCUCUCCUGCAACACGCACGUUUUCAUUAUCACAACACUUUCCUUGCAUAUUUUGUUCUCUCAGCUCGCUGCGCUGUUUUUACAAACCAGCCAUGGAGCGUGCGUGUCUCAUUGUAAUCUUGGGCUGAUCCUGCCCCCGAGGCUUUAAUCCCUAUGUUAAGGACUGUUGUUGUUAGAGGGACUGUGGCCUCCUUCCAGCUGAUGACAGAGCAUCUGUAAUUCCUGCUCUGAGUCCCUGUGCAGAAGGAGCCAUAAGCUCAACAAACCAGAGGACUUGCAAAUCAAAUUGCUUUAAUGUGAGCAUCUGUCUUGGUUCUCUAGAGGGCUCUGAGCUGGACAAAAGGGGAAAAACAAGCUGUCACAUUGGAGUCACAUGAUGCUCCUCAGUCAGCCACCUGUGGAUUUAAUGUGGAAUUUGGAUGCCAGGACGGCUUUGUGUUUCUGAUGUGUCAAAUAGGCAUUAACUGUGUCAGCCUCGAUUGAUUGCUGUCCAUAUUCUUGAUAAGGCAGCUGCAACAUCAUGAUGUCAGAAUAGGGCUGGACGAUACAACCAUAACGAUAUAUAUCGAAAAUUAAUUUCCCUCAAUAUCAAUAUAAAACAUGGUCAAUAUCCGUUUUCAAUAGUCUGCAUUCUGCCAUGUUUUAGUAGAUUAUACAAAUAUCCAAUGAAAAGGGGAGUUGCUCCGCAUCCGUUUCGCACUGAACCAAUCGUGCUGAAUUAGAACCAAACAGCAAACAACUGCAUAGUAUCAGGCUGCAGCUACAUGCAACCAUAGCACUUUAAUAUGUGAAGCCAACAGCACUGUUGGUGAGAAAAAAAGAAAAUGAGUGCUACCCCCGGCAGUAAUGCAGAUAAAGGCUCAACAGAUGAUGACAUCGUCGACAACACUGGCACAGAAACGUCGGUGGUGUGGAGGUAUUUUGUUUUUUUGAGGUCGGACAUGAAGCAGAGUAAUGUGCACUACAAAUUAUGUCAAGUACUUGUUCUUGCAAAGUCGGGGAAUACCUCAAUUUUUUUUUACCACCUGAAGCAGUGCCACGUGGCAGAGCACGCACAAUGCAAAAGGUUACAAACUUUGAGCAGAGCAAGGAGCCCAUGACGCCUGUGCAGCCGAAACAGCCGACCAUUCAGUCCACUUUCUCUAGAGCAACGCCUUACGACAAAACGGUGAAGAGACACAAAGACCUCACAGAUGCAGUAGUUUAUUGUAUUGAUGAUGUGAAAAAAAAAUAUUGUGAUAAACUUUUUCCCACAUCGCCCAGCCCUAUAUCAAAAUGUACCAUGCACUUAUUUUCACAUUAGUUCUCAUGCUGCCCACCAAACUGUGUAGUUUUCUUAGCAUGUCCUCCACAGGGUGACUGAAAAGUACUCUUAUUUGCAGUUUCCAAAAUGAGAACAUUAAUGGGAUAACUUAACGGAGGCCAGCGCAAAAAUACUUCUACAGAUGUCAAUCAUGGGGGGGGGGGGGGGGGUGUUGCUGAAGAUAUUUUGUAAACCAUAGUAACAGAACAGUCUGAUACUAACACUUAAAUUUUACAGUUCAAUACUAAUGAAAUAAACCACUCUAGCUGCCUUAAAUAGAUUAACUAUUUUCAAGCGAGGUGGCUAACCAUAUUUCAAAAAACUAAAGUGGUUGAUUUCCUUCCGUGGCCUCCUUUAAACUGAGAAUGUGGAUAUUGUCCUGUCUACUCUGGUUUUCCAUGUAGUCCAAUCCAACGGUAUCACUUUGAUUUUGUUCCUGCUUUGGCGGCUCUCUCCUGUAGGCCUGACAACAUGUCCUGUCACACCUGACACUCGCUGCUCUCCAGUGUUGCUGAAAGUCUUUCCAAAGUCUCAUAAAGUUUGAAGACCUCGCCACCUUCAGUAUGUCACAGAAAGUCUGAGUAUCCUCCUGGAUUGUGGACAAGGUAUCUAUUGCUGGCGAAGGCUCAUUGCUUUCUGCUUGAGUUUAAGCUGCUACACUUGAGGACCUGCUAGGAGAGGGAUCUAGAGGUGCUGUCCACGUCUGGAUUUUGGUUUGUUUCUUUAUACAUCAAAAAGGCAGUGUUGUCAUGAUAGGGGGAAAUUUGAUGCACUCCCAGGUGGGCAUGUCUUUCAAAUUCAAAUGUUGAGCAUAAAUUCAGAUUCAAGCCAAAUCUUGAGAAGUUCCAAAAGCAAGCUGUGUCAGGGGAUUAUGUCUAACUUGCACAUCAAACAUUUCUGCAGUCCCUGUCCUGUGCACGGAGAUGAGGUAUUUCCUAUCAAAAAAUCUCAUUCAGCUUUCUUCCUGAUCUGAUCUGUCGAUGUGAAUAUUUGCUUCCAAUCACCUUAUCUUACUCCUAUCUUUUUUAAUGCACUGAAACCUGAAGAGUCAGGUUGCUGGUGGUUUAGUUUGCUUUCCUAGUUAGACAGAGUCAACAAGAUCAUUUCCAGCGGGUUUAAACAUAGAGCUUUAAACAUAGAGUUUUCAUGAUCUAUCGGAAAGUUAUUCAAAUGGAAAAUAACUGGAUUCCUUUUAUCUAAAAUGAAGAUUACCAGACUUUGCAUAUUUGCUGGCUGCAGUGUUGGCAGCGUUUCAGUCAUCUUGUCUAUAAAUACCACACCACGAAACAAAUUGUGUCCCCUGAUGAGUUCAUUUUCCUGCGAUUGCAACUUUUAGCUGUUUUCAAACAGAAUUGCUCAUGAUUUUCAGCUGGAUUUCUCUCCUCCUCUCCCGCCUUGUAAAUAUCCUUGCUUUUGCGCUGUUUGUGAUUAAUGGAACAUCAAAAUCCGAUUUCAGCUCGGUGUGAUUCGAUCCUGAGGACACAAAUCUGCCCGGGACACACAAACAUCAUUAAUGACAAAAAGACAGACUGCAGAGACAGAGGACGCAGACAGGAAGGCAGGACACUUUUUUUUUUCUUUCAACUUUAAUGUGUCUUCACCUGCUUCAGGUGAUGAUGAUGAAGAUGCUGCAGACACUCUGAGUGAUGGAGACACUGUGUGCUCAGAGAUCUCAUGUGAUUACCUUCCGUAAGUUAAGUACACAGGGACAAUUGAGUUUUUUUCUGAGCCCAUUUGGUAAAUCACGUCUCGUUGCUCUUUCAUGCCCGUGGCAAAGAACUUGAAAGUCCACAAAAAAAACUUAAACUAGUCUCUGUGCAGACGGCUAUAUUUAACCGGGUAUGUUACUCUCUGCUGAGUUCAGGGGCUUAAUUACCCUGAAGAGGGGAUGGCAAAAAAUGAAAUGUAAUUAUGCAACUGUGCCUGUGCAUAGAGAUGCUUUUGCAGACAGGGACAUCACAGCAAACAUUCACCAGCAAAAGACAAAGCUUAGAGCUGUGUUCCUCUGCAGAACUGAUCCGAGUUAGGGUUUAGGACAAUAAAGGUUCCCUGGAACAUUUUAGGACACGCAGACAGCACUCGAGUGACACACAGGCAGCAGAGAGCAGGUGGCUCUUUGGUUCUUCACGCUAGUUUCUGUAAAAUAGAGGAAAGAUGAAGCAGCAGCAGAGGACAACUCAACAAGUUGUUUGGCUGAAACAUCCUUCUGGAAAGAAAGUCAAGGACUGACAUUUAAACAUUAAAGUUUUUAUAAAAUAUUCCCCCUUCCGAAUGGGUACACAUGUAUACUUUAUUAUCAUCAUGUCAGCUGUUUUCACUCUGCUCCAUGACCGCCUGCCUAUAAGCAGUUGUAUAGGAGUCGUUUAAAAACAAAAACAUGUUUUUACUACGUUAAGGCAAGAUAGUAAAAAUAUCUAAAUAUAAGCAUCACAACAAUCAUUUUGAGGUUAUCUCAUUUCAGAGCAUAGGAUUACUCGCACCAGCUUUUCCUGCAGCGUUUGGCUUCAUAACCAACUUCUAAUUUUCGGUACGCCAACCCAGAGGUAGAAGGUAUGCCAGGGGUGCAGGCCCAACCAAGCUGAAUUUGAAGGACCCUAACACAAGGGAUCCCAAUGACCUCAUUGAGAUGUGAAUUCUGGUUUAAAGCAGCCAAGUGGGUUAGGAUGGGGCUCAAGCCUUGGGUCCAUUAAAAACCCAGUUCAGCAUUUUUCAAAUCCUGAAAUAAAAAGAUGAAAACCUGUACAAUACUUGAAAUUAAAACGGUAAUAGAAAAAAGCAUUGAUAAAGAUUUGGAUCAUCAAGGAGUCUUAAUAAUGGUAUCAGUCAAAAUAAACGAUCCCCAUCCCUGCUCUUGUGUCACAUGGAUGCUGCACAAGGAGUCUCGUCUUCAUUUUUGCAUGUGUGCUAUUGAGGAAAAUGUACAUCGGCUGCAGCAAAUCAGGGCUCAUGAGACAGAAUGAGACCAGAAGAGCAGCCUGGGUGACUUAAUCGUCCAGACAUAGAAAUCAGUACACCCAACAGAGUCUUCAAAAGAGUCCCCCGAACUCUCCUUUCCUUCACUCUUUAUGCUGGAGAUUGUGUUCAUGUGUUUUACAAAUGUGAGUCUCUUAUCCAGCCUGACGAACAAGAUAUCUUAGAAAUCGUCCAGGAGCAUAUCUCACGUUGUCUUUGAAUCAAUAUUAUCACCUGUGGGAAGUUUCCUGGCAAAACCAGCUAACCCUUCAAACAUCAGAAGGGUUGACAUGACUUUUAACAAAUCUGGGUAAAUACAGGCUGACUGUACCCAUGCUUAGUGUAAACCAUCAGUGUAAUCAUCUGUAAUUUCUAACACAAUGCACAGCCGAUGCGUCCGACAAAUGGUCCGGUGGGGGCCAGCUUGCAUACCUGUAUGUAUAGUAUAUCUACCACUUAAAAGAGGUACUACAGCUACUCCAAAGAUUCCAAAAAUUACAGCAGCAUAGAUACAAUACAAAAGAGAAAUUACAGGAUAAAGAAACUUUGAAACAUGUGUACAGCAUACACAUAUAAAUACGGUUUAUUGCACACUGAGGUUUCUGUUGUGGAGUCCAAACUCACUAAAGUCCAAGUACAGAAAGAAGCUACAGUUACAGUUUAAACCUGGUUGAACUGCGUCAUCUCAAACAGAUAAAUCAGCCUUAAUAUUCAAGUUUAGAGAAUAUUUGCAUGGAAGAAAGUUUUUAGGGCACUAUUCUUUCACCCUGUCAUCUUUUUGAGCUGGACUGUGGGUGUCAAACAAGCUGGAACUGCUCAUGUAUCAAGCUGAGAGGAAAAAAAAUCCAUCUCAAUAAAAUGUCAUUGUGUGUGUGUGUGUGUGUGUGUGUGUGUUUUCCCUACAGUGUAGAGGAUGUAGAGCCGGAGGGGGGCAGGAUGGAGUGCUCCUGGAAGACGGUGCUGCUGCUGGUGUGUGCGUCUCUGGGGGUCCAGUACACGGCAAUCCGCACCCUGAGGGACUCCCUGUCUGGACCCUGUCAGGGAGCCUACCGCUGCUCCACCAGACACCUCAAAGGUAUGAGUCCACGGCCGUUCAAGACUGGCCUAUAUAAAGUACUGCCUCACAUUAGUAUUCCAGAGUCUGUGGUGCUUUAGAGGAUGUGUGCGCACAAAUAACUUCAAAUGAGCAAAAUCUUUGGCUGCGUGGACUCCAACAGGGGUCCAGAUCAGGGGUUCGGAAAACCUGAAGCAACAGAAACAGUAAAGCAGAUUAGUAAAUGAGGGAUCCCACAACUUGAAGAGUAAUUAAACAUGCAUGAUUGGUUUUAUAAUCAUCCCCCACUUAAUCUUCAUGAAUCCUCCAUAACAGUGCAGCUGCAGCUCCGGUGUGCAGAAAAAAAAUUACCCCGAUGCAAUCAACUCCCCAUCAGCAGUAAUUUACACGUUAGCUGUUUGUGCUAUAUUUAGAAAUCCCAGUUUCAUAAGCUCCCUCUGUACAAGUGGCAGAUAAACAACCUACUCGUGCAUCUUUACAAUAAAUUAUUCAUUUGCUUGAUUUUUAUGAUUUUGGAGUUGACUUUCUCCUGGACAGAAACAGACUCACUUAUUCUUGAGUGAGCGAAAUGACUGUCAUUCUGCUCAAACAAUCAAGGUCUUUGUCUCAUUGUGAGGGGAAAAAAAGGUGUUUUUAUGAGUCAUUAAUCACAAUCAAAGCCAUCUUGAGUGAACAGUCGUCACACUAAAACAUCUGAGAAGCUUUUUUUCACAGUUAGCAAAACAAAAGACAAAGAUCAAGCUGACUCAUACAGAUAAAAACAAAUAUACAGGCCCAUGGAGCUGAGUAUGUCUGCAGCUUUUGGCUCAGAAGCAGAUGAGACACCUCUGUGUGGCAUGUAAUGUCAGCAGGUGAUAUUUAAAGAAGACCUGCGCUCAGUCGGAAUCAACUCAUAAAGCAGUUUAUCAUUGGUACUAUUAGGGCUGCUUGAUUAUAUAAAAAUCAUGCACUCCCCUUGUCGCUUGGUGUUAGGAGAAUUUUCUAUUGCCAAUCCUGUCAGCUGUUAGGGUGGUGAAGCCAUGUAACUCAGAUACCAUGGAUAUGUUGGUGUUACAUUCCCUGAGCCACGGGACUCUGACAACCAUCCUCAACAAGGACCUUGUACACAUUUUUGACAUCACUCAGGUUUCCAAAAUAUGUUGUGCUAUGCGAUGGCAUUCCCCAUAUAUAGGCUCUCCAUAUUUUCAAGUAAGGCUUCUUUAGGUAUGUUGUCCUUUGUUCUUAUCCUACAUAGACUCUUUCAGGUCAGCUAAAUGCCAGCAAAUUUGCAAUUGUGGACAGCUAUAUAAACUUGAACAGUCUCAGACCAGUCUUUGUUACAUUUGUGGCAUGUUGAAGCUGUAACCCAGAUCUGCAACCAGUAAAGCUUGUCAAAAUGAUCAUUCGUGUCGACCUUCCAUUCUUCUAAGUGUGAACAUGGGCUAGGCAUCCUUACACUUGGCUUUCAAACACACACACACACACACACACUGGCCUCCUCCUGCUCCUCUCCCUGCUUUCCUCUCUCCUCCUGCUCCUCUCCCUGCUCUCCUCUCUCCAUCUUCCUUCUCCUGCUCCUCCGUCUGCCUCCUCCUGUGUUCGAUACAAGCUGACAGCCAAACCCUCUGUAUCAUCUACCCCUCAAUCAAUUAAUAAUAAUAAUAAUAAUUCAUUUGAUUUGUACAGCGCUUUUAAAAACACUCAAAGACGCUUUACAUAGUAUGUUAAAUUCAAGAUAAUAAGACAAAGACAUGAAAACAGUGAGAUGAACAAAACAGUUAAAUAUUAAAAGCAAUUUUAAAUAAGUGAGUUUUUAAAAGGGAUUUAAAAGUAGUGGGGUCAGGGCAGUGUCUAAUGGAGGGAGGUAGGGAGUUCCAAAGGGUAGGGGCAGCUGUUGAGAAUGCCCGAUCCCCCCAAUUCUCAUGGUUUUUCUUUUUUUGUUUGUUUCUCUCCUUUAGACUCCAGGUGGAGGUCGUUAUGUGAUGAUGGUUGGACAGUGGAGUUCCCACGUAAACACAUCCUCCUGUUCGCCACCACCCGCAGCGGCUCGUCCUUCACUGGGCAGCUCCUGAACCAGCACCCUCAGGUCUUCUAUGUGUUUGAACCUCUCUUCCAUGUCCAACAGGCCUUCACCAAUUCCAGCAGCCGACUGCGUCGCUCCCUGGACCGCCGAGCCCUCCUUGGAGCUUACAGAGACCUUCUCCUUAACCUCUUUACCUGUGACCUGCACUUCAUGGAGAACUACAUCCGCCCGGAGCCCCAGGACCACCUCACAAACUCCUUCUUUCGCCGGAGCUCCAGCCACGCGCUCUGUUCCCCUCCUGUCUGCUCAGAGGAGGGAGAUGCAGAUCUGCCUGAUGAAGCCUGGUGUCCUAAGAAGUGCGCAGCCCUGAACCUCACCUUAGCUUCCAUGUCAUGUCUGUCAAGAGGACAUGUAGCUAUAAAGACAGUGCGGGUCCCUGAGGUGGGUGACCUGCGCACCCUGACUGAGGACCCACGUCUGGACCUGAAGAUAAUCCAUCUGGUGAGAGACCCCAGGGCCGUCCUCGCCUCUCGCAUGAUGGCAUUUUCAGAUCAGUUUCGAGCUUGGAAAAUCUGGAACGCAACAGGACGACAGCCCCGUUACGUGGACCUGUCCCAGAUCACCAGCACCUGCAAGGACAUGACGGCCUCUGCAGAAACCGGCCUGCAGAGACUAGCAUGGCUGCGAGGACGGUACAUGCCGGUGCGGUACGAGGACCUGGCGUUUAACCCAGAGAAGAAGGCUGCUGAGAUCUACAGGUUCGUGGGUCUGACCAUGGAAGACAGGGUGCGUACUUGGAUCGAAAAGAACACCAAGAGUAACGUGUCGUCCUCCACGUCAGAGUGGAACCACAGGUACUCCACCAGAAGAAACUCCAGGGCGACCGCAGAGAGCUGGAGGCUCGGACUCAGCUUCGACAUCGUGAGGACGGUGCAGACUCUGUGCAAUGACACGCUGGCUCUGCUAGGAUACAAACAGGUUCAAUCUGCAGCAGAGCUCAGAAACCUGUCACACACUUUGGUGGAAAACAUGACGUUUGAGACGCUCACAUAGAGGAUGUUAUUAGUUUUCUUUCAUGUGACUUUUUUAUGAUGCACCAAAGGGACAUGAAGUGUAAAAAAUGUGUGGGUAAUCCUGAGAAAGUUUGGAAAUCUUGCAAAAGUUGUGCAGGUACAGAACUGACAUCUCUUUAUAACCAUAACAAGAAAGACAAAGAGACACAGCCUGGUUUUCAUCAGGUAGAGCUGUUCUGAGAGCUUGGUGCCCUACAUUUGCCUUUAUUCCAGCUUUGCAGAGGUUUUAAUGUGAAGGGACUGUCCACAAAGUUCACUAAAGGGAAAAAUAUAGUUGACAAUCAUACUUACAUCCUCUUCAAAUGUUUGUGAAAACUGUCAGCACAGACUUUGUAACUUUAUACUUGAGGCUGAUCAAAAAUUUUAACUCUACAAAUGUCUCCUCAUCACGGAUGGUCCACUGAGCCUGCGAUUUAAAGUUGGAAGGUUUCCUGCAUGAAAAAGUUGUGAAGAGUUCUCAGGAUUCACUCAAAAUUUCCACACCAUGUCCUUUAAGGGGUUCUGAUGGUAAAAUGAAUGUAACUUAUAUUGAAUAGAACUUUUUUUUUCUUUGUCUUUGUUUCACAUGUUUUAAGUGCCAAAUUUUAAAAAUGUGUAAUGCUAGAAAAAUAAUUUUGUGCCAAAAAAUCUGAACUGCUGUAGUUGUUCAUGGUUACCUUUUUACUUGUAUUCUAAAUGUUUACAGACUUUCAACUGGAAAAAACUGGACGCUUCACAGAGCUCAGGUAUCAUUUCAGGGUGAAUCUGACCUGAAGUCAGACAAAAAAGGACCUUUUUGAAAAUCAGACACACGGGAUACACAGGAGAUUGGUUUAUAAUGAAAAUAAAAGAAGAUUUCAAGAGCGUCUUAAACUUUCACAAGUACAGUUCUGACUUCUGCUUCUCUAUUUUUUAGUCUAGAUAAAAUCCUUUCUGUUAAUUUGUCUUCUAGAAUGAUGAACUUUGAUUAUUUUUUGGUUGCGCAGUCUACAAAGUCCUGGGCUUUGUGGGGGAUAUGAAACAUGGACAGAUGUGGAUUUCUGUCAAGAUUACAUCUGGUACAGAUCACUGUUUUUGUAGCAGUUAUUCUUUUGCCACGUCUGUACUUCAGAUUCAGGAACUUGAUUCUGAAAUGAAAUCAGGUCAAUAAUUAGAGGGUUGCAUGUCUGUUUCGUUAAUAUUCAACCAAACUGGAAGUGAUGGAUUCGGCGCUGCAUUUUAACACAUUUUUCUGUUCAACUUUUUCCUCUGGCAUCAUCUAAGUCUUAUUUUAAAUGUCCUGCACAUUUUAUUUUGGUAAUUUGAUCAGCUAACAUCACAGCUGCAAGCAAUUCCUUUACUAAGUUGAAAUGUUAUCGGCAGUCGUUAAAAAAAUCUCUAUUUUCCCAGAUUUUGUUUAAGUCAUAUGCCACAGUAAAAGCAUUGAUGUAUAAAGUUACAACUAUAGUUUCUGCAAUUUGACAUGUUCUUGUUAAUCAAUGCGACUGCUUAAAGUCGUACUCUGAUCGUUUUCUUUUUCCAUCUGUUACUUUAAGUGUUAUCAGUGGUCUCUAAAUUGUGAUCAUGAAUUUUUUUUAGCUAAAAUUGAGUUACCUGUGUCCUGUCUGCAGAGCUCAAGUAGACCAUUAGCAAUUCGCCUCUGAGUCGUGGGAGGAGACAGUGCUGAUCUGCACCCUAGUCUUCACGCUAGCUUGCAGCCUAACAUUGCCAGUGCAGCAGAAGUGGCAGGUAACAUAGGAGCUAUUCAGCUCAUGGACAUUAACGUCUUCAGGGGCAUGAUGAAAGCUAAUAUCAUAAUUAGUUUUCUUAUGACCAUUUCAAUCCGCUAACACAUUUGUUCCACCAUUGUCCUCUCUACUUCUCAGAGUCUGGCCUCCAUAGCGGGGCACCUGUGUGGCACAUAGAUUCGUGUGGUAGAAAAUCCCACUGUGUCUGAACCUGCUGUUUGGGUCUGCCAGAGGGUCACAGUGAUUUGAACGCAGAAAUACUUAGAAAUGCAAUUUUGCGCUUAGGUUUCUUAUUAUAUGUCCUGUAGCAUCAGAAAAAUGCCAUAUGAACAUGUAAAAAAAAAAACAGAAAAACAUGAUUUCCAUUGAUUGUGAUUAUCAGCGAUAGAAUAUCCUGCCAGUAUAGUUUUAUCGCUAGGUCUCAGAUCAGAUCUGUUACAGUAUCAAUCAAUGAAAAAAUCAAUCAACUUUUAUAUGUAGCGCCAAAUCACAAUCUUUAUCCCAGUCGAAUACAAAAUCAAUUUUUCUCGUGGAGUCUGCUGCAAAUCAGCCCUCAGACUGGAUGUUAAAUCAGUGUAUUCUUUACAAUCGUGUUGGAGUAUCGGCUAUCUGUUUUCAGAUGUGUUACUGGAUUUCUAUGAGUAGCUGCAGAAAUGGUAAGAUUUUGCAUUUCCAGCCAAAUUGUGUUCGUAGUUGCUCCUCCUUUGACUGAUCAUGUGCUAUGUGGUUCUGUUAUAGUGGGUAUCCUAACAAAACAGCCUAUGCCUUUUAAAUCGUAAUCGCUGCAGCUGCCACUGCCCGCAAACACAGGUCACUCCUUGGACAAUGGACUAUUUUGAGUAAUAUGCGAUGGGUCUCAUUCUUGUAACCAUGCGCCUGUGCAAGAGCUGCAGAGGUAAGUUCUCUAUUGUCCGCCACAUAAAGAUGAAAGUCAAGGUUGAAGUCUGGUGGCCCCAGUGCGAGAGCGGAGCAGAGAAGGUAUUUGAUGUGACAAAAGGCGUGUUUCAUUUCAUCAGUCCAAUUCACAGCCCCUUGCGUGAAACAGAACCAUACGUGGCAUAAUCAGUUUGCCAAGCUCAACUACAGUUCACCAGAUUCAGAGAGGAUAUUGGAGGAGUAUUGUUCAUGGUCUUUGAAUGUCUCUGAUGGCCUUCACACGUUCUGAAGGCAAGUACCUGCAUCCAUCUUUCAGAAUGUAUCCAAGAUAGCAUGACGGAUUCGCCCUGUGACCUCUCUCGGCAAGAUGUGUCAGUAGGACUAAGGAAUACUAAAUGCAGUUUUUAUAUGUCUCUGUGCAAAGAAGCAGGUCAUCAGAAUACUGCAAUAUACAGGAUCAACAUCUCAGAAUUAACUGAGACAAGUGCAUAUUGGCAGCAGCAGAAUAAACAGCGGCUAAAUCCACAAAUCCUGUAGGUAGUCUUUUCCAAACACAUUGCUCAUUUUUGUAUGUAAACGCAAAUAAAUCUCUUGUGUCCUCAUGUACAGGGAUAGAGAACUAUGCAGAGCAUAAAUCAAGUGCGGUUAAAAUAGUGUAAACAUAACUCACAAUCGGAGCUGUGGGUAUUGUCACAUCAUCUACUUUUCUUAAAUCUAAUGUGAAUCCAUAUUUGUUAGUCGCUGGCUUAAGAAUUGGACUUGUAGGUGUGUUAUUUUGUGAGCGUUUUUUGACUGCUCUAUGAGGUGGCACAUUCGAUGCAUGAUCCCAUAUGAUUUGCAUGCAUUGCCCAUAGUUUUGAAGGAGCUGUUGACAGUAUUGAUGCUUGUUUCAACAAGAGUUUUCUAUUUCCGUGGAAA